AUGACAAUAUAUCAUCAUGGUCUGAUAUUGGAGGAUCCAAAAACAGGCACGGCGAGGCUUCAGGCUGGUCAUCCCCCGGUUGUUGCGGACAAGGCGCAGAUCUUGUUCGUCUUUUGGACGCAGCAGCCCUUCGAGUGCGUGCAGUCCGUGGUUGACUAUUCAUUGGGCGCGGGCUAUUGCGGUCUGACUGCUGCCCGUAAUGCCGCCAUAGAGGGCCUGAAAGUACUACUUUUGGAAGGCAGAGACCGCAUCGGGGGCCGGUCAUGGUCGUCCAACAUUGGCGACUAUCCGUUUGAGAUGGGCGGCACAUGGGUGCACUGGGGCCAGGCGAAUGUCUGGAGGGAAAUCGCCAGGUAUCAGAUGACCAACGAUCUGGUGAACUCGUUCGACUUUUCUAAAGGGGUCAACCGUUUCGAGUUCAACACCGCCCAGGGCUUUACCACCAUGAAUCAUGACCAAGAGGACGAGCUCAUGGCAUCAGGCCUGGGCAAAUUCUUCAAUGUUGAUGGAUCUUUCGGCCGGAAGGUCAUGCCUCUGCCACACAACACCUUCAAAGUUCCCGAAGCGCUAGACAUGGAUAAUCUGUCCGCAUUGGACAGGAUCAACCAGAGUUCCGACUUGCUCACAACUGAAGAGCGAGCUGCUCUAGAGUCUUUCGUCCUGCUCUGCAGCGGUGGCACCUUGGAGACCAUGAGCUUCCACGAGAUGUUGCACUGGUGGGCUAUAUGUGGUUACACUUACCAAGGUUGUCUCGAUUAUCUUAUCACGUGGAAACUCAGGGGCGGCCAGUCAAGCUUCGCCAUCAGGUUCUUCGAUGAAGCCCUUGCGACUAAGCGCUUCUCAUACGCUUUUGACAGCCUUAUCAAAGGAGUCAGGGACGAUGUGGAAAGUGUCAUAGUGACAACGAGAGGGGGGAAACAGUACCGAGCAGACCGUGUGAUCUCAACCGUACCACUCAACGUCCUUGACGCCGUGUCCUUUGACCCCCCUCUACCGGCUGGCAAGCAGUCUGCGAUCAGUAUCGGCCACGUUAACCAGUGCGUCAAAGUGCACGCUGAGAUCCCAGACAAAGGUCUCCGAUCAUGGACUGGUGUCACAUAUCCCCACAACAAGCUAUCCUAUGCUAUCGGCGACGGUACAACGCCAGCUGGGAAUACGCACAUUGUUGCCUUCGGCGGGCAGUUCAACCACAUGAACCCGGAUGAGGACGUGGAGGAGACACUGUCGGCGGUGAAGGGCUUGUUCGCCCCUGAGAACAACAAUGGAAAGUUGCCUGACGUCGAGAGACUGGUUUUCCAUAACUGGUCAAAGGAUGAGUUCGCUAAGGGGGCGUGGUUCUUCUCCCCUCCAAAGCUAUUGGCAGAUCAUCUGGACGAUAUGAGGGCUCGGCAUGGUAAUAUCCUGUUUGCGAACUCGGACUGGGCUCUGGGGUGGCGCAGCUUCAUUGACGGUGCAAUUGAGGAAGGAUGCAGAGCUGCUUUGGAGGUCAGGACCGAGCUGCAAGCCCAGCGUGGUGGAGGACUGUCAGUCAAGUGA